GUAGACCAAACCUUUGCCAAGCAGAUCUUGGAUAGACACAACGAAUACAGAAAGAUCCACCAAGUAGCUCCAUUAUCGUGGGAAGUCAGCGCCUACAACUAUGCCAAGAACAAUGCAGACAACUACGACUGUUCGGGUGUCUUAACACAUACCCAUGGUCCAUUCGGAGAGAACCUCGCAGCUGGCUUCUCAGAUGGUCCUUCAGCAGUUGAUGCCUGGUACGUGGAAGGUGAAACCUACAGUUACUCUAAUGCUAACACCUACGAUCACUUCACGCAAGUUGUGUGGAAGGACUCUACAAAGGUCGGUUGUGCCUACAAGGACUGCCGUGCUGAGAAUUGGGGUCUAUACAUUAUCUGCUCCUACGAUCCCGCUGGAAACGUCAUUGGAGAAAACAAAGAUAAUGUAUUCCCAGCCACCUCUUGA